UAUCUAGAUGCAAAACACGGGCGGGUCUCGUACCAAGCUCAGGUGUUAGUGAAAAUGUUAGCUGUGCCUCGAAACUGUGCCGAGAGAUGAGGAUUUGAGAGUAUGUGAUGAUGCUGUGAGGAAGGGAGAGAAAGAGGGAGAGAUAGAAAAAGAAGAUCCUUGACUCAAACUCAGCACCACUAACUGCUCCACCUCCUUCCACCCUUCCACCAGGACUCAGUGGACGCCAAACACCGCUGGAGGGCAGAAGAAAGGGAGAAAAAGAGAGAGAAAGUGAAGGACAAUGGAGACUGAAUACCUGGCAAUCAUCAUCACCAUCUCUGUACUCGGAGGGGUGGUGUUUGUUGCCUUCCUGUCCGUGUGCAUUACGAAGAUUGCCGCUGAUAGGUCGCUGAAGAAGAGUCUAGCAAAGUCUCGGCUCUUCGGGGGAACAGUGCCGCAGUCCCACUCCUACGUCCGCUACAAUGACCCGGAGCCACAGACCCCCGUUGGCCUCGCUCCUGACAACCCGUGGGAGAGUAACUACCCUGGCUACCACACCAACCCUGCACUGGAAGACUUCACCCCAGACCCACUCACUGACCUGUCCAUGCUCCAUGUACCGCCUCCAGAUCUGUCCAGACGCCCCUCUAUUACCCAGUACAGACCGCCAAGUGUCCUCCCCUCCCGUCAGUCCUCCUACGUACAGGAUCUUCCACGUAGACCAUCCUAUUCUCAAGAAAUGCAGCGGAGGCCCUCAAAUGCUCAAGGAAUGCCAAGGACUCGAUACUCCUACGCCCCUGAUCUCGAUAGGGGACCAUCUUAUGCUGUGCAGCGCAGUUCGUCCAUGGUUAGUCAAAUCAGGCCACGACCACCCGGCGGUGAGAACAAGCUAUGGUACAACUACAUAAAGAACGACCCGGACUACUUCACUUCGGAGUCUCUGGAAUGGAACAAGAUGCAGCCCAGAGUGUGGCAGGGCAGAUCCAGGGGUGUGCCGCCCCCAGCACCCCACCAGGACUACCACCGCCAGGCCGCCUCUCGCCUCAGCUGGAUAUAGGAGCCAACAUGAACAAGAUUUGCCUUCACUGAUCGCCUCCCACAGGACUUAUUCUGGUACACUUCUGCGUCGCACCUCGCCUACUUUCCAAAGACUUGAGUUGAGAAGACAUGGUUUUUCUUACUUUCUUUAUGGUUUGGUGACAAAUUAACAAGAUUUCUUCUUUAUGAACCGGAGAAACACUCUUGAAAAUCCGGCUAAUCAAGUACGUGGCCUUUGUAAAUAGUUGUGGUAAGAGAGCAGAGCGUUUCAGAAUACGGAUCUUAAACUUCUUGUCAGCCCCGUUUGAAGCAUCUUAGAAACGUCCAGAUAAGCAUUCAGCCAAGCGAGACACACUGGUGGGCAAGGACUGAAGCAAUGAACCCCUGAAGCAGAUGAAAAUUCGGUGCCUUCUACUGGAUAACCAAACUCUCGUCAGGUUACAAAGGAAUAUUUCUUCAAGCCUCCACAACCAAUAUGUCUCUAUCUUAAGCACCGUGAUUGUAGCAGAGCCCGGACCAUAUAUAGCUGACCCGGAGACCCAUGAAAACUACCCACCAGUGAUAACAAGGGCGGAUAUUACUUGGUUAGAAGGAAAAUUAAAAAGAAAACGGAUCUGCAAUGUCAUGAUGGGUGGGGUAACAAAGAUAAACUCGAAUGGAGGCAAAAAAAAAAAAAGGGACAAAAGUAGAAUAAGCUCGUCAGAGAAUAAGGAAAAGUAAGAAUGAUAAGAGAAAAUACCUCUUAUAUCAGUGGUGAAGUUUACGUCACGAGUGGAAAUUACCUAAAUGAUAAAGCCUCGACUUCUUGUAACAUCACUCCACUCAAUGCACGCCUAUAAUCCUGUACCUCGGUGAUGAGCAUUCCCAAACACUCCAGUGCAUGAGCUCUACUCUUAACAGGCUCAGGUGGAACGUAUGGGAGUCUUUAAGGGUGUUUUUAAUCAUUCUACUGAUAGCUUUGUACAGAUUCGUUGGUAGUGAUGGGGAAAACAGCCAUGACUUGACGAAUCUUUCCCGUGGCUCCUGAAAACAGAUACCGGUGAAAGAACAAAAACAUUUCAGGGUUGUGUUGCCGUUUCAACCAAUACACCGGGAGCAUUUGAAACACUUGAAACAUUCUAUUCUUGAUGAAGCCCCCAUGGUUAGGAGGCUACGAAAUGUUAGGUUAGGUUAUCUUAAUCAAAUAGGUUAAGGAAAGGGGAGGGGGUGGUCGAGGAAAGGAAUAUUGAUUGAAACUGCUAAUUUACUCGUUUCACAAUACAGUUCCAUGUGUGUAUUCUAGUUUCCACGCGUCACAAAGCCAUUUGGUCCAACUACUCAUUAUGUAAUAGAGAAUAAAGAACAAAAAAGUCGUGA